UCACCCCCUGCGAAGGGGAAUGAUGGUCAUGGGCCGCAUUGCAAGCAUUUUGCCAACACGACCGAACAAAUCCGCCAUAACCGCCAACUCUCUACUACACGAGAGAACAUGGAUAUCAAGGCGUUUUCUCGUCGAAGACAUCGGUCAGGAUAACCGAGCUUUGCCUCGGUUUUUAGUAAGGCCAUUCCUUUGGCAAUGGCAUCCCCUAGCACAUCGCCAGCACAGCCUUUACACGUACAACAUCUAGAAAAGGCCUUACGUCUUGAGCCGUUCUUUGGGUUUGUUGAAGGUGUCUUCUCUGAUCAAUUUUUAGGGAAUUUAAGUGAUUCAGACAACAGUGGCUUGAGUGACCUUGAAAGAGAUUUUACUCCAAAAGGAAAAGGUAGUUUGUUAAAUGGAGACAAUGGAGCCUUAGCAACCAAUGGGUUUUUGCAGCCAGAAGAGCUGAAGAUAGACAAGACAAGACUUUACAAUUUUUCAAAAAUAAAGAAAGAGAGAAGAUGGCUGAUGGACGUGUUGUUGAGUGACAGCUCAGAGAGUUCUGAUGAAGAUGAGCCGCUGGGUGAAGAAGAUUUGCAGCAAAUGCUUUGGUUUCACAAACAACAGAAGAAAGCACAACAAAGAUACUAUCAAGAUGGAGAUCUGUCAAGAUAUCAACAUUACAGUACAAGUCUCUUGUAUAGCCAAGACAAGUACCAUGACCUACAAAAACAAACAUCGCAGACAAAGAAGGUCAAGAAGAAGAUGAAAGAUGGGAAAGUCAAACUUGUCAAAGUUAAAAAGGAGAAAGUCAAAGUCAAGAAAAGAAAGAAAUCAGAAGAUCAGCAGAUAGAUGAUCAAAGGAAACUAACACUUGAAGAGAGAGUCUACAAGAAAGUUUUGAUAAGACGCAAAGAAGCAGAUGCCAAAAGGAGGAAGAUAUGGGCCAUAAUUUGCCGAAAAGAAAUCCCAAGAGCACAAAGACAAAAAGCCUCUGCUCGAAAUAACAUGCUUAGCAAUGCCAAGAAGUUGGCUCAGUUGUGCCAGAAAGAAAGAAGAAGAGAAGCUCAGAGAUCACAGAGAAUAUCUCAGCAGACUGUACCAAGAGCUCGAAGAUUAUCUAGAGAGAUGCUGGCGUAUUGGAAGAAGUAUGAAAAGGUAGAGAAAGAACACAGGAAAAGAGCUGAGAAAGAAGCUAUGGAGCAAAGAAAGAUGGAUGAUGAGCUUAGAGAGGCAAGAAGACAACAAAGAAAGCUUAAUUUCCUAAUAACACAGACUGAGUUGUAUGCACAUUUUAUGAGCAAAAAACUGAAAAAUUCAAAGAACACCAACUCUGAGGCUGUCCAAAGUAUUCUUAAAAAGCUUGAUGAGCCUUCAUCUAGCCACACUGUGAAAACUGUCCAGGGAGGGGUUGUGUUUGACAUGGAAAACCUUGAUAAUUAUGAUGCCAAGGCCAUGAAAAUGGAAGCUCUUGCCAAUGCAGAAAAUGCUAUGAAAGAACAAGAAGCCAGGACUCAAGCGUUUGAUGCUAGCAUAUCAGCACUGGAUCAUGCUGGCAACAAGAAAGUUGCCCUCAGCCAAGAAUCUUUUGAUGAAAACUUUAGUCUUGCCAAUCCCAACUUAACCAUUGACCACCCUCAACCUGAUCUGUUCCAAGGAAUUUUAAAAACCUACCAACUUAAGGGAAUGAAUUGGCUGAUUACACUUUAUGAACAAGGUAUAAAUGGAAUUCUAGCUGAUGAAAUGGGACUUGGCAAGACCGUGCAGUCUAUUGCAUUUCUCUCCUAUUUGGCAGAGGCACAUCAUAUAUGGGGCCCAUUUCUGGUUGUUGCACCAGCCUCAACCUUACAUAAUUGGCAACAAGAAGUGGCUCGUUUUAUCCCUAAUUUCAAGGUUCUUCCUUAUUGGGGAAACCAAAGUGAUAGAAAGUCAUUGAGAAAAUUCUGGAGUCAGGUACAUUUACUAAAAACUGUACAUUAAUUUUAUAUUUUAUAUGACGUGUUGUUUAACAUUGUUGUCCAAGAUGUCAGGUACUUUCAAAGRAUCAAGUGGCAGUAUAUUGUUUUAGAUGAAGCUCAGGCCAUUAAAAGCAGCUCCAGUGUCCGCUGGAAGAUUCUACUUGGAUACCAGUGUAGGAAUAGAUUACUGUUGACUGGAACACCAAUACAGAACAGUAUGGCUGAGUUAUGGGCCUUGCUUCAUUUCAUCAUGCCAACACUAUUUGACUCCCAUGAAGAGUUUAACGAAUGGUUCUCCAAAGAUAUAGAAAGUCAUGCUGAGAAUAAGUCCAUCAUUGAUCAAAAUCAGCUAUCUCGUCUUCAUAUGAUCUUAAAACCUUUCAUGUUGAGAAGAAUAAAAAGAGAUGUUGAAAAUGAGCUUUCAGAGAAGAUUGAGAUCAAGCUAGUUUGUGGAAUGACAACAAGACAAAGGUGGCUAUACCAAGCCGUCAAGAAUAAGAUCUCCAUUGAUGAUUUAGUCUACACAUCUGCAUCCAGUUCCUCCGCAGCCAAUGCAACAACAAGCAGCUUGAUGAAUCUUGUCAUGCAGUUUAGAAAGGUCUGUAACCAUCCAGAACUGUUUGAAAGAAGAGAUGUAUAUUCCCCAAUAUCCACAGUCCAGCUGUCCAGUUACUUGAUUCCCAAGCUGGUCUAUAGAGAAGGACAUGCAGAACGAAUGUUUCCAGGCUGUUCAAAGAUUCUGUACAAUACCAUCAACAUUUGGACGUCGAAAUACAUCGCYAAUUCACUACAUUCGCGCUYUCUUGGUAACCAGAACGUUCCCGAGAGUCCAUGUUUUUCCUUCUUGCCAUUCAUCAAUGUUUCGCCAGAAGAAGCUGCCGCUUUUAUGCAAAGAGGACUUACAUACAGGUUACUUUUACUUUUAAUAUUGUUGAGGGAAGUUCGACAUUUGCACCACAGACAAUUCUGGUCAUUGAGAAAAUCACACUCAAAACGUCUUGGAAGACAAUCUUUACUUCUAUGGCCAAGCCUCAGCACUUCAUUCACAAAUAUAGAAACAAGUCCUGUGUUAUCGUCACUAGUAUUCACCGGUUAUACCAAGCCCAUACUGGCACAUAUAACACAUCGUAUACAACCCGUACUGGAUGAAAAGGACCUCUCGCCCAAGAAGGCUGGACCUUCCAGGCCACACCCAACGUCACCUCUGAAACACUCCUCGUCGGGUCCAUUUUCUCCACCAGGACAUCAUCAUCACCACAAGCAUCAUCACAAGCAUCAUCAUCAUCAUCAUCAUAGGCAUCAUCACAAGGGGGGACAUUCUCCUGGUGGGGACCAGAAGGGAUCUGUGUAUGUGUACCCCGAAGGGCAUGCACACCCCGUUGAAUCAGUUGGACUUCCAAUGAGAUAUCCUCAGCAGAGAGACCUACAACCCACCGAUGUACCUUCACUUCUGUUGACUUAUAUACCUAAGAUUGUUGCUGGAAACAACCUAAGUUACUGUAGUGACAGAAGUGCUGCAUACGAGAUCGAAGACCUCGUCAACGGCGGAUCAGAACUCAAGAGAAACCUACUUCUCUAUGGGGACCCCAAGGGCUGCGAUCUCAAGAAACUCAAAACUCUGCUCUUUCCUCCACUUCAGGGGGGUUUAGAAGGGAGCAGGCCUCCUAAAGGAUGGUCAUUUGUACAGAUGCCUCGUCGUAGUGCACUCAUUACCGACAGUGGUAAGUUAACUGUGCUGGAUGGACUGCUUACUAAACUAAAGAUGCAAGGACACAGAGUCUUGAUCUACUCUCAAAUGACAAGAAUGAUAGAUAUUCUAGAGGAAUUCAUGACGUACAGAAAACACAAGUACAUGAGACUGGACGGAUCUUCGAAGAUUUCUGACAGACGUGAUAUGGUAGCUGACUUCCAGAAUAAAAAAGACAUCUUUGUGUUUCUGUUGAGUACUCGUGCUGGUGGACUGGGUAUCAAUCUUACAGCUGCUGACACAGUUAUCUUUUAUGAUAGCGACUGGAACCCUACAGUUGAUCAACAGGCAAUGGACCGAGCGCAUCGACUGGGACAGACAAGGCAGGUUACUGUAUAUAGAUUAGUCACCAAGAAUACCAUCGAAGAAAGAAUYCUGCAGAGAGCAAAGGAGAAGAGUGAGAUUCAAAAGAUGGUGAUAUCAGGCGGGCAUUUUAAACCAGAUGCCCUGAAACCCAAGGAGGUUGUGUCACUCCUGCUUGACGAUGARGAAYUAGAGAGCAARUAUAAGUUCCUUACGUGCGCUCUGAUUGGCCAAUUCAUUGAAGUUUUGAUUUUUUUAGUUCUACAGCGUCAAGCAGAAAAGAAAGCGGAUGAGCAAAGAAAGAGAAGAGAACGGAAAAGAAAGAAAGGAUUACCUGACGAGACGGACAGUCCAUUACUUGCAGACACCCAAAGCACGCCACCUCCUAAGGCCAAGAAAGGACGUAAAAGUAAGAGCUCGUUGUUCCCACCUGCUCCCGAAACAGCGGCAACUUUGUCUGAAGUGGGCAGCAUCAACGGAUUGACGGCAGGUGACAUGGAUGAYAGCAGCGUCAUGAGUUUUGACGAAGUAUCUGUAGUUUCCAAUGAAGGCUCGACAUUAUCGACAGAUGUCAAUCAAAGCAAUGCAGCCACACCUUCCAGCGUUCGCCCAGAUAACGAUGACUCCAUGACCAUAGACGAUCCAUCCUCCGAAACAGCAAGCCCAUCUACUGUAGAACCUCCAUCUAAGCGCGGGAAAGGRAGAGGCAGAGGGCGUGGUCGAGCACGUGGAUCGAGYAUGAGAGGAAGAGGUACCGGACCAAUACGGUUAGGUCGUGGAAGAGGACGWGGUCGUGGAAGCUCUGGAGCCCUUGCAGCCUCUGCAGCGGCGUCUGCGGCCGCAGCAGCAGCAUCGGCUGCAGCCUAYGGAAAGUAUGGGUUUACAUUCCAAGGCACGCCGACACUGACUGCCACCCCUCCCCCCUCGAGGUCAAGUCCUGUGGCGUUCGGUGGUGGGUUAUCUGGGAAUUCUAUAAGUCAACCAGUACCUCGUUACGAUUCAGAAUCUAGUAAUUCAAAUGUCACCGGUGAACAGACCUGACAAUAUUUGCUAAAAUUUUAUGUUUGCUCUACGGGUUAAGUAMCUCAGCGAUAAUGAAUAUCUCCCCUUCACAUGCCUUCAGACGAAUGAAAAUACAUUGCGAUGGGGAGUGCUCUACAGAGUAGUCCUUUGAUUCAAUCAGAACGUUAUUAAGCAACACAUUUGAAACUUGCUACCGAUGUGAAUUUUUUAGUAAUGGGGCCCAAAAUCGACUUAAGUAUAUUCAAAAUACUGAGUCGACUUUGAGACCCRUUAAAAAAUUAGUAGCAGUAAGCUACCUGUGAAUAGUUUUCUUAGCCCUUGUUCUUACUGGAACCUAGCGUUCGUAGCGUUGCUUUAUUGAAAAAAACCAGCUGCGAAUGUGGACCAGUUGCACUUCAGAUUAAUCUCAUGGCUAUCGGAGGUGACAAACAACUUCUUCCUAUUUGGCAAAAGAAUGUAGUAUAAAGAAUGAGUCGGUCAUGUGAAAUUUGUCGUUGCUUUUUCCGUUCUCCCUCUAGAAACUAUAUGACUUUUUACAUUGGUAUAUGGAAGAUGUCAUUACACAGCAAGUUACAUUGCAUCUCACAUGUUCUUUUUGCCAGUUUAAACGCCAAAUCUCAUAUGUGCUAAACGUUUUCACUACUCGGCAAUAUCAACUCACCAGUUAAGAUUAUUUUCGCAAAUGUGAAAUUCGACGUUUGAACAGUUCCUUACAUUACCUUAAUUUCUUAUGGGGAGAUUCACUGAGUUAGAAACAGGAAAUUACUUAUUUAGUUAUUGGAGAGUUGUUAUACUUGGCCCUUGAAACUCGAAAAAAUUGUUCUAAGUGCGUUUUGUUUCACGGGUUUUAAUGACUUCGCUCUACUAAGUGAUAUGGUAGACUGGACGAACCUAAUCCAUGAAACACUGAAGUAUUACUAAUUCCUGUAUGUUGAUUAGACAAAGGAAAACAAAGGAAUUAGCAUAAGUUAUUAUUAUUUUGUACUAUUAAGUUUCACGGAUUGUGUGCGUCGGCUCUACUGUCUAGUKGAAAGAGUGAAGUCAUACCCGUGAAACAAAAUUUGGCUAUUUAAAAGUGAUAGUCAAAUAGACACAAAACAAAACAGAAAAUUAGAGCAAACUAAGGUGUAUUAGGGCAACAUCUAUUUCACGGGUUUUUGGAUUUGAAUCUAGCUUACUAUUUCACGGGUUAAGCGUAACGAUUCUAUCGAGAUACAUUAAUAGUACUUAAAUGUGUAAAUAAUUUAAGAAAUGCGGAGAGUUUUCUCCUCAACUUUCAAGUAAUCUAUUUGGGUAUGUUUUAUURAAAUUCUUGGAAAGCUGCCAAUAGCUUUCUUAUAUUGUAAAAAAAGAUUGGAUGAUUGGUAAAAACGCAUCCAUACCCAGAUAUUGUAUGACUAAAGCAUGCUUGAAAUAAGGAAAUAAAUGUUUUUUAUCUUGA